AUGUCUGUAUCUGUAGAAGAACCUACAUAUGCGACAUACUUGAAGCUAGUCACUAGCGCAUUCCUGGCCUGCGUGACACUGAUAUUUGUCCGCCGACGCUGGUUCUCAUCUAUCAGCGAUAUCCCUGGGCCUUUCCUGGGCUCAUUUUCAGUUCUCUGGCAGAUAAGGCAUGCCAUCAAAGGUCAUACAGAGGAAGAAACUAUCGCAGAACAUAGGAGACAUGGUGACUUCGUUCGUAUUGGGUACAACGAAGUCAGCAUUGGCCAUCCGGACGCAAUUAACGAAGUCCUCAAGAGCCAGAUGAACAAGGGUGAUUGGUACAGAAUCUUCUCACUUCCUGAUUCUCGCUAUGUCAACCAGAUGUCCGAAGUAGACGCAAAGCGUCACAUUACAAAGACCAAAAAUAUCGCCCCCGGAUAUGCGUUUUCAAAUGUCAUUAAAGCUGAACCAUAUGUCGACGGCGCGCUUCGCCUUUUUGAGAAGCGCCUCGACAGCCUCUCGGAAGCCCACUUGCCUGUGAACUUCGACGAGUGGUUCAACUUCCUUGGUUUCGACAUUAUGGGUGAAGUGACAUUUUCUAAGCAAUUCGGCUUCCUCGACCAGGGCCGGGAUAUAGGAGGUGCGAUUGCAAACACUCGUAUGCUUGGCAUCUAUGUGGCUAUCAUGGGCCAUUUCUGGUGGGCACAUGAUUACCUCCUAGCAAAUCCCCUGAUCGGAUACCUUAACCUGCAGCCAACUAUGCAUAUUUUUGACACUGCUCUUGCUGCUGUUGAUCGAAGAUCUAAAAAUGACCAAGUCCGUAAAGAUAUGAUUGAACAGUGGAUGGACAUGAGGAAGAAGCAUCCAGAACGCAUGGAGGAAAAAGAGAUCCUAGCUGCUGCAGUAGCAAAUAUUGGGGCCGGGGCCGAUACUGUUAGCGCUACAUUGCAAGCUUUGUUUUACAACUUGUUGAGAAACGAAGAGACACUGACACAACUGAGGGAAGAGAUUGACGGUGCCAACUUGGCUGAGGUGCCGACCCACGAAGAGACUCAGCAACUACCUUUCCUGCAGGCUUGCAUAAAAGAGACGCUUCGUGUCCACACCCCAGUAGCCUUUGGUCUACCACGCGUCGCACCCAAAGGCGGCGUGACCGUCCUUGGCCGACACUUCGACGAAGGCGUUAUCCUCAGCGUCAACCCCUGGGUGAUACACCAGCGUCCUGACAUAUUUGGAAACGACGCGGAUGUAUUUUCACCAGCUCGCUGGAUGGAUCCUAUUCGCGCUCGCGAAAUGGAGAAAAGCUUCACUGCGUUUGGUGCGGGAUAUAACCAGUGCCCUGGGAGGCAUUUGGCUCAUAUGGAGCUCUGCAAGACGACCGCGAUGCUGGUUCGAGAUUACGAUAUCAAACAGGUCAACAAGGGGAAGAGUUGGAGGUUUGAGUCUCACUUUACGGCCGUACCAUAUGAUUGGCCAUGCUACGUGACGAGGCGCUGUAACCAGUGA